AUGGAUCCUAAUAAAACAAAGAGCGCUUCUGAAGGUAUAGCACCUAUGGGACUUACAACUCUCAACGAGACAAUUCUCAGCAACCAGCCAGAAUCAAGAUAUGAGUGUCCCGUUUGCCUUAACUGGCUUCGAGAUCCUGUCAUUACUACCUGUGGACAUAAGUUCUGCAAAAGUUGCAUUACAUCAUGGCUCCGGAAUAGUGGCCACUGCCCAAUUGACAAUAUAAACCUUAGUAUGAAGGUGGAUAUUUUUCCUGAUAACUACACAAAACGGGAGAUACAGGAGCAAAGAAUGUCAUGCCCAUUUGCAGCCAAAGGCUGUAACAUUAAAGUAACUCCAUUAGACCUUGAUGCACAUAUAGCUAGCUGUGAGUACAACCAGCCCGAAGUUUCCUCUCAAUCUGAAAUAAGAGUGCCAUGCUCAUUCCAGGCUGUAGGUUGUAAAGAAACCUUUGAAAGUCAGGAAGAGAUGAACAAUCAUCUUCAUAAAGAUAUACAGAAUCAUAUGAGCUUUCUCAUGAAUGCAUAUUCAGAGAUAAAAAUCAAUAAUGAUAUAUCAAACGCAAGCAUUGACGCCAAGGAGCAGGAGGCUAUGAAUCUUUGGGAGGCACCUGACAAGGAUGGUGCUCAAAGUACUUCAGCUCCACUUACCAAUACAAGCGCUCUUAUAAGAGCUCUGUAUGAGCGGGUAGUGGUACUCGAGCAGAGGAACAGAGAGCAGGACAUUGUCAUAGCGAAUAUAUCAAAGCAACUGUCUGCUUUCGCCGUGGCCAAGAUGAAGCAGAACAGCGACAUGAUGCUGCGCUACUGUAUGGGCAGCUAUAUCUGGAGGAUAGACAACUUCAAAGCCAGGCUGGAUGCAAUGUUAAAGGACCACUUUAAGAUGCUGUACAGCCCUGGAUUUUAUACUUCGCCUAAUGGAUACAGGUUCUGCGUUCGUCUCAACAUAUCCCCACAAAACCCUCUAUGUUUUGCUCUGCACGUACAUCUGAUGAAGACUGAAAACGACGACUGCUUAGAGUGGCCGUUUAACGGAAGGAUAUCCUUCGCGAUGAUCAACCAAUACGACCCUGAAAUGACGCAAAGGGAUACUAUGAUGUCCAACUCAAGUCUCGUAGCAUUUAAGAAACCAACAGCGGAAAUAUGUGUAAGAGGUUUCGGAUACACUGAAUAUGCAGUGGUAAGUGACGUGGUGAGGAACGGUUUCGUUAAAAACGAUAUUCUUAUUAUUAAAGUUAAUAUUAAAUGUGUAUGA